AUGUCCAACAAGCACUUCUCACAUAUCACGGAAAACUCAUAUUCUCCCCCUUCUAAGCCUCGGCGUCAGGUUGUGGGCGCUUUUACUUAUUAUAACUCUUCAGAUAUUCCCAAACUCAACGAUCUCACCAUUAUCGAGGGAACCUCGCCAGAUAACAAGACAUACUUUCUUCCAGUCACCGACCUGCGGUCACUGCCAGCCCCUCUAUCCAGCUACAAUCACGAACAACAUGGGUUCCAAAUUGUCCGCCAAAACCUACCCUUCUCACCGUCCUCUGACGUAGUCCACAACCAGAAAAUUAUGGCUAACCAGUACUACCCUUCUAUGACUGCACUAUUGAAAAAGACCCUUGGGGUGCGCUCUGCCAUUGUACGUAAGCACUCUCUUCGCGACAUACCAGACUGGGCAGCUGUGGGAAUGAACCCAGAAAUCGGGUUUGAGAUUGAUUCCCUCGCCCCGUUCAGCAUCGCACAUUCAGACUAUACCCCGGCAGGGGCCCGAGGACACUUCCGCGCCAUGAAGGAGCCUGACUGGUUUGUCGAGAACAACCAUGAUGAAGACGGAUGCACGACGGCAGCCGAACGAGAGGAUUUCUUCAGACUACGACGGGACAUUAUUGAUGCGGAGGACCGCGCCAUUGCAAAGGCCGGGCUCGACCCCGAGGUGCAAGUGGAAGAGGGUCAAAAGCUGCCUACAGGUGGCCAUUGGGACUGGGAUGGCGCCAACUAUGACGGGCCUCGGUACGCAUUUUUCAGCAUCUGGCGAGCCUGGGAAACCGUUAAACGGGAUCCGCUGGCCAUAAUGGAUAUGAGCCAGCCUGUCUCACAGAAGGUCGAGUAUGCUCCCUUAACCCGGACGUACCGAGAUCGACCGGGGUGCGUGCCAUUCUAUUACAGUCAGAAUGCGCUGAUCCGACCUCUGAGUCGGGCAAGAAGGGACUCUGGCUAUUGGGAGGGCAGUGAUGGUGAUGUGGAGAGUGAGCCAGCUUGGUGCUACCUGAGCGAACAAACGCCCGAGGAAGUGUAUCUUCUCAAAUUCUACGACAGCGAGGCCUUGGUGCGCAGGGGCAAGGGCAAGGACGAGAUUCAACUCAUGUGUCCGCACACUGCCUUCCAUAUCGCCGGACAGGAGAAAGAACCAGUUCGUCGUAGUUGCGAGCUGAGGGUCUGGUGUAUAUGGUGA